CGCACGCGCGGGGGAGAGGCGGCGGCGGGCUCUGGCUGGGGUGGGAAUACUCCCUACUUCCGCCCUUCAGGUUCAAUCUUCCUUUCUCGGACCCUCCGGCUUAUGUUCAUUAACUUUGCUGGGUGAUGAGGAGAAAUGGCGGGAGUGCCACAGCCUUCCAUGCCCCCCUGCGGGUGCGAGCCGGAAUUCGGGUACCUAACUGUGGUCUUUUCUGUGGCGGUGGUGGCUGCCAUGGCGAAGGCGGCAGCGCAAGCCGUACUGAAGCAGUUUCGACUUAGCGUAGGGUCUCGAUCUCCUUUCCCUGCGUCUGGCGCCGCGGGAGAGACGCCCUGACGGACACGGCGCGCACUUCCCCGCGCGGGACCCGCUCACCGUCCGGCUACGUCGCCAGGCGCCCCUCCCCUCCCGCUCGCCAAUUGGAGGCUCGAGCUCAGCCCCUACACCCCCUACACCAACCAGCGGCGCCAGGGAGAGGCGAAACCCGGCUCUCCUCCUUCCUCCGGGAAGCGGAAGCGGAAGUGACGUUUGGGGAAGGUGGGGGCAAUCAUGGUGCCGCUGGGGAGAGGAGAAGCUGUCGCUGCCGCCGUUGCCGGGAGCCGCGGAGACAAGUCAUUACUUUUCCAUUUCUCACAAUUGGGCUGAGCACAAUUGAACCAUGGGGGAACACAGUCCAGAUAACAACAUCAUCUACUUUGAGGCAGAGGAAGAUGAGCUGACCCCUGAUGACAGGAUGCUCAGGUUUGUGGAUAAAAACGGACUGGUGCCUUCCUCAUCUGGAACUGUAUACGAUAGGACAACUGUUCUUAUUGAGCAGGACCCUGGCACUUUGGAGGACGAAGAUGAUGAUGGACAGUGUGGAGAACCCUUGCCUUUUCUAGUAGGGGGUGAAGAGGGCUUUCAUCUAAUAGAUCAUGAAGCAAUGUCCCAGGGUUAUGUGCAACACAUUAUCUCACCAGAUCAGAUUCAUUUAACAAUAAACCCUGGUUCCACGCCCAUGCCAAGAAAUAUCGAAGGUGCAACCCUCACUCUGCAGUCGGAAUGUCCAGAAACAAAACGUAAAGAAGUAAAGCGGUACCAGUGCACCUUCGAGGGCUGUCCCCGCACCUACAGCACAGCAGGCAACCUGCGCACCCACCAGAAGACUCACCGAGGAGAGUACACCUUUGUCUGUAACCAGGAGGGCUGCGGCAAGGCCUUCCUCACCUCCUACAGCCUCAGGAUCCACGUGCGAGUGCACACGAAGGAGAAGCCAUUUGAGUGCGACGUGCAGGGCUGUGAGAAGGCGUUCAACACGCUGUACAGGCUGAAAGCACAUCAGAGGCUUCACACAGGGAAAACGUUUAACUGUGAAUCUGAAGGCUGCAGCAAGUACUUCACCACACUCAGCGAUCUGAGGAAGCACAUUCGAACCCACACAGGAGAAAAGCCAUUUCGGUGUGAUCAUGAUGGCUGUGGAAAAGCAUUUGCAGCAAGCCACCACCUUAAAACUCACGUCCGUACACAUACUGGUGAACGACCCUUUUUCUGCCCCAGUAACGGCUGUGAGAAAACAUUCAGCACUCAGUACAGUCUCAAAAGUCACAUGAAAGGUCACGAUAACAAAGGACACUUAUACAAUGCACUUCCAACUCACAACGGAUCAGAGGAUGCAAAUCACUCGCUUUGUCUGAGUGACUUGAGUCUUCUGUCCACAGAUUCUGAAUUUCGAGAAAAUUCCAACACAACACAGGGCCAGGACCUCAGCACACUUUCACCAGCAACCAUCUUUAAGUCCAUGUUCCAGAAUUCAGAUGAUACGGCAAUUCAGGAAGAUCCUCAGCAGACAGCUGCCUUGAUUGAAAGUUUUAAUGGUGAUGCAGAGUCAGUCAAUGAUGUUCCGCCACCCACAGGAAUUUCAGCAUCUUUAUCUCUUCCACUUGUACUGCAGCCUGGCAUCUCCGAGCCACCCCAGCCUCUACUACCAGCCUCAGCACCGUCUGCUCCUCCGCCUGCUCCCUCCUUAGGACCUGGUUCCCAGCAAGCUGCAUUUGGCAACCCCCCUGCUCUCUUACAACCUCCAGAAGUGCCUGUCCCCCACAGCACACAGUUUGCUGCUAAUCAUCAAGAGUUUCUUCCGCACCCUCAGGCACCGCAGCCCGUCGUACCAGGACUUUCUGUUGUUGCUGGGGCUUCUGCGUCAGCAGCGGCAGUGACGUCAGCCGUGGCAGCAGCGCCCCAACCACAAAGUACUACUGAACCCCUGCCAGCCAUGGUCCAGACUCUACCCCUGGGUGCCAACUCUGUCCUAACUAAUAAUCCCACUAUAACCAUCACCCCGACGCCCAGCACGGCUAUCCUGCAGUCGAGCCUCGUCAUGGGAGAACAGAACUUACAGUGGAUAUUGAAUGGUGCCACCAGUUCACCACAAAACCAAGAACAAAUGCAGCAAGCAUCUAAAGUUGAGAAGGUGUUUUUUACCACUGCGGUACCAGUAGCCAGUAGCACAGGGAGCUCUGUACAGCAGAUUGGCCUCAGUGUUCCUGUGAUCAUCAUCAAGCAAGAAGAGGCGUGUCAGUGUCAGUGCGCAUGCCGGGACUCUGCUAAGGAGCGGGCGGCUGGCAGGAGAAAGGGCUGUUCCUCCCCACCCCCUCCAGAGCCAAGCCCCCAGCCUCCUGAGGGGCCCAGCCAGAAGCUACCACCACAGACUUUCUCCUCACCCUCUGUCCCCCUGUCAUCCUCCUCCGCCAUCCCCUCUUCCUGUGAGCAAAGCAGACAAGCAGGGACUCCUCCAGACCCUCAGACAGAAACGUUAAGUGCCAUGGAUGUGUCAGAGUUUCUGUCCCUCCCGAACCUGGACACGCCGUCCAAUCUGAUUCCCAUUGAAGCACUACUGCAGGGGGAGGAGGAGGAGCUGGGCCUGACCAGCAGCUUCUCCAAGUGAAAGGCCACCUGUGCUCCCCUCCGGGAAGAGAGGGCGAGCAGGAAGCACACACAGGUGUGAUGUCUACCAUCAUGGGAUUGGUAAUUUGAAGGAUGAAGAAAUCUAUUUGAAAUCCUCACAUUUCGGAUAUAUUUUCUUUAUUCAUAUCCCAGGAGCAUCCAUUUUAAGGAACUGAUCUUUGGGAGAAAAAAAAACCAACAAAACAAAAAAAAAAGCUAA